UUUCGUCUCACUCUCAUUUCUCUCUCACUCUCUCUCUCCGGCGAGAAGAUGAAGGAUUCCGGCGAGCCGCCGUCGUCGGUGAAGAAGGAGGCCAGCUCCGACGCCAUCUCGCUUUUCGGGAAGGGCCGCUACAAGUUCUGGGCGCUCGCCGCCAUCCUCCUCCUUGCUUUCUGGUCGAUGCUCACCGGCUCCGUCUCUCUCAAAUGGUCCUCCACCUCCCUCAACCCUUUCCCCGGAGAUCUCCUCGAUUCCUCCUCCUCCGCUGUCUCCAUUGACGUCCUUGAAAUGGAGGAGAGGGAGAAGACGGUGCGGCGAAUGUGGGAUAUCUACGCGCACGGGCUCCGAUCGCGGUUGCCGAGGUUCUGGCGGCAGGCGUUUGAGGCGGCGUAUGAGGAUCUCGCCGGAGAUGAUUCUGAGCUCAGGGAUGCCGCUGUUGCUGAGAUCGCGAGGAUGUCAUUGCGUAUGCUUGACUCUGAGCCUCCUCCCGCUUCCCGCGAGAGCCAUGGAAGUAGGAUUCGGAGGUUGGGGAUGAAGUUGCGGAGCUCUCAAUAGCUUGUUCUUGAGAUAUUAAAAGGUAUUUAUAUAUGUUUAAAUUGUUUUCUUAUGUAUUUUCUAUUUGUAGAUCUUGAUGAGUGAUUGGUGAUAGGAUUAUAUAUGAGAUGAAUUGCUCUUGAAUUCAAAUUAAGCAUAAAAUUUGUGAUUUGUUUCAUGCUUUGUUUGGAUUAUGAGAGAAUUGAACAAACAGAUCAUAAGGAUUUGAAAAGUUGAUAAUUUGUGAAAUGCACACUGCUCUUGAAUGUAAAUUAUGCACAAAGUUCAAGAAUUUUUUGAGA